UAAGGGAAUCCAUCAAUAUAUGGAAUAUGUCCAUAUAGGGAUGUGUUUUGAGGUUAAAUUAGCACUUAAAAGUUGCUAUCAUGUCAGAAAUUUUAGUCAAAACCCUCCACCACAGUGAAAAAAAAAGGAUAAAAAAAACAAGGCACAGUUCAUUGCAUAUGCUAUUAUCAUAAUAUGCUAUAUAGGAGAGACGGGAAAAAAAAUUGCAUCUUUGUCUAAUAUAGACUGAAAAUUUUGACAAUGGGGUGUGCUUUGGGAUUUCAAUAAAAUAAUAGUUUUGUCUUCCAUUUUCUUGCCUAAAACAGUGAAAACUCGGGAAAGUCUAGGACUUUUUUCAGGUCGCCUUCUUCAAUCAAAGAGGAGUCCACCACCCUUUUACCUGUUAAUGGAUUCCAAGCAGUCUCCAAAUAAAGUAGCCAAUUUCUUGAGCCUGCCCCAACAACAACAGCAGCCUCAAAACAUGAGGGAGAACAAGGUAGGUGAAGUCCAGGAUUCCCAGAUUGUUAUUGCAGAUAAGGAAGGGAAGAAACAACAGUUGGCACCAAAGAGAAGUUCUAACAAAGACAGGCAUACCAAAGUUGAAGGAAGAGGCAGGAGGAUAAGGAUGCCUGCUUUAUGUGCAGCUAGAAUCUUUCAGUUGACCAGGGAAUUGGGUCACAAAUCCGAUGGGGAAACAAUACAAUGGCUGUUACAACAAGCAGAACCAUCAAUAAUUGCCGCCACGGGGAGCGGGACGAUACCAGCAUCAGCUUUGGCAGCUGCUGGAGGUUCAGUUUCACAGCAAGGGGCGUCUCUAUCAGCAGGGUUGCACCAAAGGCUUGAAGAUUUAGGGGGGUCCAGUAGUACUAUUGGGUCAGGGAGCGGUAGGACCAGUUGGGGAAUUGGAGGAAAUUUGGGGAGACCCCACCAUGUGGGAACAGGUUUAUGGUCCCCAGUCAGUGGUUACGGGUUUCAGUCAUUAUCUGGUCCAUCUACAACAAAUUUAGGCACUGAAAGUUCAAAUUAUCUGCAAAAGCUUGGGUUUCCUGGUUUUGACUUGCCACCUACUAACAUGGGUCAGGUGAGUCUCACCUCCAUCUUGGGCGCAGCUAACGAGCAGCAACUUCCUGGUUUGGAACUUGGGUUGUCCCAAGAAGGUCAUUUUGGGGGGCUAAAUCCUCAAGCUUUGAGCCAGAUUUAUCAGCAGAUGGGACAGGCUAGGGUGCACCAACAACAGCAGUUCCAGCACCAGCACCAGCACCAGCACCAACACCAACACCAACACCAGCCCCCUCCCAAGGAUGAUUCCCAAGGAUCUGGCCAGUAAAGUUAUAAACUUUGGGAGCAAUAUUUAGAAGAAUAGAAUUUCUGAGAGAGGAUGCCCCCUUCUUUCUAUACUGCAUCAACCAAGUUUCCAUCCACAGAGGUGGAUCUUUGCAGAGCCUAGUAGCUUGGUUUUCUUCUUCUCUAGGUCUGGAUGGAGAGGCAAUGGUUUGGUUUUGAAAUUAAACAUACAAAUUUACUAUCAUACAUUUCUAGUUUCUUCUUUGAAUCAUCUAAGAGUUCAUAUUUAUCUAAAACAAUAUAUUGUUGCACAUCAAAGUGCCAAUUAUUCAAGGAUUUAUAUUUUGCAAA